AUGGAUCUCUUCAUUGAUAUUGUUACUCCCAACGGUCGGAGCUACCAACAGCCUACCGGUCUUUUCAUCAACAACGAGUUUAUCCCCGCAACUGGCGGCCAGACCAUCACCUCUCUCGACCCCGCCACUGACAAGCCCAUUGCGACCGUUCAAGCUGCCAGUGCCGAAGAUGUUGAUCGUGCCGUGAACGCAGCCAAGGCAGCUCUGGUCCACCCCUCGUGGAAGCAGCUCCCCGCCACAGAGCGGGGCCAGCUAAUGGCCCGACUCGCCGAUCUCAUGGAAGAAAACCGAGAACUGUUGGCUUCUAUUGAUGCAUGGGAUAAUGGAAAACCCUAUCAUGUCGCCGUUGAUGAAGAUCUCACAGAGGCAAUUAGCACCAUUCGGUAUUACAGUGGUUGGGCAGACAAGACCUUUGGACAGACUAUCAAUACAACCCCCCAAAAGUUCGCUUAUACAAUCCGUCAACCAAUUGGUGUUGUAGCUCAAAUCAUCCCCUGGAACUACCCGUUGUCAAUGGCCACCUGGAAGCUUGGCCCCGCACUGGCCUGUGGAAACACCGUCGUGUUGAAACCCGCCGAACAAACUCCCUUGAGUGCUCUCAUUCUCGGUACUCUGAUCAAAGAAGCUGGGUUCCCCCCGGGCGUGGUGAACAUUGUCAAUGGCUACGGACGCGAGGCCGGCGCCGCGCUCGCCUCGCACCCGUUAGUAGACAAAGUUGCAUUCACAGGCUCAACAGCCACCGCCCGGGAGAUCAUGAAGAUGGCAGCUGGCAACCUCAAAAACAUCACACUCGAGACUGGUGGCAAGUCGCCACUUCUCGUUUUCCCAGAUGCGGACCUGGACCAGGCCGUCAAAUGGUCUCAUGCCGGUAUCAUGUCCAACAAAGGCGAGAUCUGCACCGCGACCUCGAGAAUCUACGUCCACCGCGAUAUCCUCGACUCUUUCACUGCCAGCUACAAGACAGCCGUUGAGAGCGUGAAGAUCGGUGACCAAUGGGAUGAGACGGUAUUCCAGGGCCCACAGGUCACCCGCACCCAAUAUGACCGCAUCCUCUCCUACUUCGAAAUCGCCAAGAGUGAAGGUGCGACUAUUCUCACAGGAGGUGCUGCAUACAAGCCCACAGACGCGAAGAACACAAACGGAUACUUCAUACAGCCAACCGUCAUUACAAACGCCACGGAUUCCAUGCGCAUCGCCCGCGAAGAAAUCUUUGGACCUGUCGUGGUGAUCUUUCCCUUUGACGACGAGGAUGAAGCUAUUCGUCGUGCAAAUGAUACAACGUACGGUCUCGGUGCUUCUGUCUUCACGCGCGAUUUGGAGCGCGCACACCGCGUCGCUGCAGAAAUUGAGUCUGGUAUGGUGUGGAUUAACAGUAGCCAAGACUGCGAUCCGCGCAUUCCUUUCGGUGGCGUGAAGCAGAGUGGUAUUGGGCGUGAGCUAGGAGAGGCUGGUCUUGAGGCGUAUAGCCAAACCAAGGCUGUUCAUGUGAACAUGGGAACUAGGCUAUGA